CUAGGUUGAGCUUUGCCUGCUGUUCCCACGGUCAACCACUGGCCCGGCGUGAGCGCCAGAUAAAGAGACGGGCGCCAUGGCGGCCGAGGCAGUGGCGGUCCAGGCGGUAGCCUCGCGCCUGGAGCGGCAGGAGGAGGACAUCCGCUGGCUGUACGCGGAGGUCCAGCGCCUGAGAGACGAGCAGCUGCACGGCCCCGAGAGCGGCCAGACCCAGGGCCCGCGCCUCACGCGCGAGGUGGCGCGGCUCCGGGAGGAGAACCGCGACCUGCGCCAGUGCCUGUGCGGCCUGCGGCUGAGCCUCGCGGAGCGUGGCCGCCGGGCUAUGCGAGCGGAGGCCGGGCGCUCGACCGCCGGCGCGCAGCCUCCUACUCAAAACCAAGAAAAGGACACCAAAAAGAAGAAAUCAAAGGAGAGUGAGCCUGCCAGGGAGGUGAAGGAACCAUAUUUUAUAAAAGAAAGAUUGAAGUUUUUUGAAACAUUGAAGGCAGAUCACCAUCUCUUACCUACUACUUCUGAAAAAAAGAAUACAGGCAACCUGAUUACAGUGAGAGUGGCUGGUGGGAAAAUGAUGGAAGGGGAAAUGUGGAAAACAACACCUUAUCAAGUGGCUGCUGAGAUCAGCCAAGAAUUGGCCGAAAACACGGUAGUUGCCAGAGUGAAUGGUAUGUUGUGGGACUUGGACCGUCCGCUGGAAGGGGAUGCCACUAUAGAGCUGCUGAUGUUUGAUGACAAGGAGGCUCAAGCUGUGUACUGGCACUCCAGUGCUCACAUUCUUGGGGAGGCCAUGGAACUUUACUAUGGAGGCCACCUCUGCUAUGGCCCACCCAUUGAAAAUGGAUUUUAUUAUGACAUGUUCAUGGAAGACAGAGCAGUGUCCAGCACUGAGUUGACCACCCUGGAGAACAUAUGUAAAACCAUCAUAAAGGAAAAGCAACCUUUUGAAAGAUUGGAAACCAGCAAGGAUACCCUCCUAGAAAUGUUUAAGUACAAUAAAUUUAAAUGCAGGAUUCUGAAGGAGAAGGUCAACACACCAACCACCACCAUUUACAGGUGUGGUCCAUUGAUUGACCUUUGUAAAGGCCCUCAUGUAAGACACACUGGAAAAAUUAAAGCCAUAAAAAUUUUCAAGAAUUCCUCAACAUACUGGGAAGGCAAUUCUGACAUGGAAACACUGCAGAGGAUCUAUGGGAUAUCUUUCCCAGAUAGCAAAAUGAUGAAAACCUGGGAGAAGAUCCAAGAUGAAGCCAAGAACCGGGACCACAGGAAAAUUGGGAAGGAACAAGAACUUUUCUUUUUCCAUGAUCUGAGUCCUGGAAGCUGUUUUUUUCUCCCCAGAGGAGCCUUCAUUUAUAACACACUUACGGAUUUCAUACGAGAAGAAUAUCAUAGGCGUAACUUCACAGAAGUACUCUCUCCAAACGUGUACAACAGUAAACUUUGGGAAGCCUCAGGCCAUUGGCAGCACUACAGUGAGAACAUGUUCACCUUUGAUGUUGAAAAGGACAUAUUUGCUCUUAAACCCAUGAACUGUCCAGGGCACUGUCUAAUGUUUGCCCAUCGCCCACGAUCCUGGAGGGAAAUGCCUGUCAGAUUUGCUGAUUUUGGAGUUCUUCACAGAAAUGAACUGUCGGGGACUUUAAGUGGCUUAACCCGAGUCAGGCGCUUCCAGCAGGAUGACGCUCACAUCUUCUGCACGGUGGAGCAAAUUGAAGAAGAAAUAAAGGGAUGCUUAGAAUUUUUGCAAUCGGUUUACUCAACAUUUGGCUUCUCCUUUCAAUUAAACCUGUCAACAAGGCCUGAAAACUUUCUAGGAGAGAUUGAGAUGUGGGAGGAAGCUGAAAAGCAACUUCAAAACAGCUUGAUGGAAUUUGGAAAACCAUGGAAAAUGAACCCAGGAGAUGGAGCAUUCUAUGGCCCUAAAAUUGAUAUAAAAAUUAAAGAUGCUAUUGGCAGAUACCAUCAGUGUGCUACAAUUCAGCUGGACUUCCAACUGCCUAUCAGGUUUAAUCUCACAUACGUUAGUAAGGAUGGAGAUGAUAAGAAAAGACCUGUGAUCAUUCACCGAGCUGUACUGGGAUCUGUGGAAAGAAUGAUAGCUAUUCUCUUAGAAAACUAUGGGGGGAAAUGGCCUCUCUGGCUGUCUCCUCGCCAGGUAAUGGUCAUCCCUGUAGGUCCAACUUGUGAAAAUUAUGCACUUCAGGUAUACAGUGAAUUUUUUGAAGAAGGAUUUAUGGCCGAUGUGGAUUUAGAUGACAGUUGUACACUAAAUAAGAAAAUACGAAAUGCACAACUAGCUCAGUAUAAUUUUAUCUUGGUGGUUGGUGAAAAGGAGAAGAUAAAUAAUGCUGUAAACAUUCGAACAAGAGACAACAAAAUUCAUGGUGAAAUUUCAGUAGCUUCUGCCAUUGAUAAAUUGAAGAAUCUCAAAAAAUCCCGCACACUAAAUGCUGAGGAAGACUUCUGAAGUCCUUUCCUUGUACUUUAGGAAACCUUGUUUCAACCUUUGAAAAUGUUUUUUCCUAACCAGUUAAGAAACCACUGAUAGGUCCACUAAUGGGAUUAUUUAAGAAGGAUUGGCUGAUAUACACAAAUUUUAAUUCACUGUGUUCUGAGGAUGAGAAUAGGGGAAGCUAGAGACGUUCUUAAGAAAUCACCGACUUCAGAAACCUCAGUGCUGUGAUGUUUUUCAUUCAAAGAUGGAAACCCUAGAUAACAAAUGUGAAAAGUUAUGCUAAGACUUUUUCAAAAGAUGGGCUUUAGGGCUGAGGGCUGCAGCUCCAUAGUAGAGCAUUGAUCUUGCGUGCAUGAGGCCCUGGGUUCCAUCACAGAAACUCCACCCCUGCCCAACAACAACAAGAAGAUGGACUUCAUUAAAAGUCCACAAUCCUUGAAUAUGGGGGAAAACUUAUUUUCCAAUACAUUGUUUCUCAGGUAUUUUUAUGGCUGUUUUACUAAGGUUUGCACUGAACCUUCAUGUCCAAAGUUGGUAUCAUUACUUAAUUUGUUUUAACUAAUCAGCAACCAUAAGAGAAGUACUAAUAUUGUACUACUGACAAAGGACUGUGAACCUCAAAGAAAUUUUUUUGUGGGAUCUGUUAUUUGCACUGUAGGUUAAGAGUUGCAGUUUUAAUGCUUCUAAUUCAUAAUUUCAUAUUUAUCUUUAGAAAAUAUCCAAAUAAAAUGCAUCAGUGUUUCCAGUGUU